CCUACUGUCCACCCUUUUCUUUCUCUAUUUUUCUUUCCCUCCAAAGCCCUAAAUUUUCUUCUCUUUCUUUACCUAUUCAUCAAAACAACAACUACAAAAAGGAAGAAUAUCAUUUUUAUAUGGAACAUUAACAUGUGAUGAUGAAAGUUUGAGUUUGCUCCACCCUUUUAAGGAAAAAAACCCAACCCCUUAAGAUUUCUUCUCAGAAAUCAAAGCUCUUAUACUAAAUUUAAAAAAAAAAAAAAGAAAAAAAAGCUACUAUAUAUCAAUUCUUUUUUUCUUUCCCUCCUAGUAUUGCUCAAUAACUUACAAACUGCAAACACCAAAAAGAGGAACAGUCCCUUCACACUCCCAUCAAUCUCAUCACAUUCUCAAACAUCAAUUAUAUUAUCUCUUCUGCUUCAUCAUUUCCAGGGAACCCUAACAAAGAAGCAGCAACACCAACAAAUUCAACAAAAGAAGAAAUUGAAACUCUUGGAUCUGCAAACCAAAGCCUGAGAUCGAGACAGGUUCUAAUCUUCCAUGGAUUCAAUUCAAGAAUUUAUGGACACAUGUCACUCUGCUGGAAACACCUUCACCACCACCACCACCAACAACAACAACAACAACACCGUGGCUGGAACAAGUGGUAGCUCAUCGUCAUCGCCGGCGGGUUCAACGACGAGCAGCAGCCGGUACGAGAACCAGAAGCGGCGUGACUGGAACACUUUCGGACAGUACCUGAAGAAUCACCGUCCUCCUUUGUCCCUCUCUAGGUGCAGCGGUGCACAUGUUCUUGAAUUUCUCCGGUACCUGGACCAAUUUGGGAAGACGAAGGUGCACACGCCGAUCUGUCCAUUCUACGGGCACCCGAACCCGCCGGCGCCAUGUCCGUGCCCUCUGAGGCAAGCCUGGGGGAGCCUGGACGCCCUCAUCGGCCGGCUCCGUGCGGCUUUCGAAGAGAACGGAGGGAAGCCUGAGGCGAAUCCGUUCGGAGCACGCGCCGUGAGGCUCUACCUCCGCGAGGUUCGUGAUCUGCAGUCCAAAGCAAGAGGUAUCAGCUAUGAGAAGAAGAAACGCAAGCGUCCACCGCCACAACAACAACCACAACAACAACAAUCCAAUAUCGGCGUCGGAGUCGGAGUCGGAGUCGGAGUAGUACUACCUCUUCAUCAUCACAUGCCACCACCUCCAGGUGCAAGAACAACUCAUCAUCAAUAAACCAAAUAAAUAAAUAAAAUUCUCAAUUCUACUCUCUCUCUCUCUCUCUUGAUCUUCAUCUUUCUCCCCUCGGUCUAUAUAUAUAUAUAGGGGAAACUGAAUGAACCUUGAUGCUUAAAGCUGAAUCUGAAAUUUGUGAAGACAAUGGUUUAAUUUAAUGUGGUGAAUGAUAUAAUAUAUAAUUAGGGUUUGUAUUAUUAUUAUUUUGCCUUUUGUAAUUUUGGUGGAAGGUGCUAGCUGCAAUGUGGUAUGGUCCAUUGUUAUGUUAAGUGUGUUUUGUUUCAGAAGCAAAAGUGUAAAGAGGAUCUGGGAUCUUCAUUUUGAUAUAAAAAAAAAAAUAUAUGAUGAUGCAUCAUCGUCUUUUAAAGCA